CUCGCGUCACUCCGUACUGCCGCGGCGCGCCGAUCGCACGACUGUACACCGGUGUAUAGUCUAAGAGCUGCCGGACGUUCCGCGCGUGUGCUACUUGUGUCUGACAACUGUGUGUGUGCUCCUGGACUAUUAGUUAAUACGGAUUGUUGUUACUUUGCAACCUAAUAUUACAUACAAUCACCCGAACAUCAAGUAUAAUGGGCUAGAAAUAUCAAAUUACCCGCCAAAAUGAACGAAAGUAGAGAAAGGAUUCGACGGGAGAGGGAAAGGGAGAAGAACACGUAUACCUCUCCCCGUCUGGCGUUGCGUCGCGUGCUGCUAUUGGCCGAGGGCAGACAGUUCAGGGAGGCGGCGGCCAUUUUGUCCAGGCUCGGACCUGGCGUGCUGCACAGCGUUGCUUCCGAACUGCCGAUUGAUUUGCUGAUAGAAGCGUUGCCGCAUUCCGCUCAUCUUAUUGAAACACUUUUAAACAGGUUAAUAUCCCUGGAGAUCACACCACGUCCGGAGGUGCAAUGCGAAGCGGUGGCCUGGCGCCUGGUUGGCCUGCUGGGGGGAGAGCAAGGCUGCGGCCUGAGACCCAGGACCUCGCGCCUUGCCUCAGCACUCAUGCAUUACAAUCCUGAUGCGAGGGACGCUGUGGACAAUAGGCGGAGGCAGCUGGACUCUGCUGUCCAAGGUCUCGGGACUCACGGCCUCACCGCCGAUGCGACGGGCUCGCUCAUCUCGCUGCACGUGGCCAUGAAGAACGAGCUUCAGAGGCACGUGGAAGUCUACAAGCAGGCGCUGCAUAAGCUGGAAGAGCUGUCAUCAGUGACAGUGAGUCAAGACCCAGCGUCGUCAUCCCACCAACGGCUGCUCGCUCUCUCCCAUGCUGACGUGGAGCGUCGACUUAUCGACAACAAGUCGCUCCUCACUAUUGUCGAUAAGCCCGCGUUGAGGCAGCUGCCGACCCUGGUCGCGUCCCUAGCAGCCAGGGUGGAGAGCGACAAGGCGGUGCUGGCGUGUGUCGGACAGAUAAAGAGAAGUGACCCAACUUUGGAUCUUAGUGAUACUAGGCCAGUGGCCGGCGUGCUGAUGAGCUACUCCCGCGGCUGUGCGGCGGUGCUGUCUCAGAUGAGCGAGGGUCAGGUGGUGGAGACCGGCCCUCGCUCGCCCACCGACUCCGCCAGCGACGGCUACCACUCCGACAGUGAUGACUCCCACCAGCAGCCUGACAGAAGCAAGCUGGUGUCGCAGUACGCGGCGGUGUGGUCGCGGGCGGCGGACGAGGUGUUGCCGGCGCUGGCCGCCUUGGAGCCGCUGAAACCCACACCCAACCUGAAGUACAAGAUCGUCUUCUCUAUCGUCGUCUUGUCGUUCCGAGCUGCAAUAAGCCUACGCGACAAACGACUAAUUGAAGUCAAGUCACUACUGGGAUGUGACUCAGACGACACACCAGGUGCGUCGGGCCUCGUCGCCGCGGCUACGAGGCUGCUGAGGAGCACCGCGCACAGCUUCCCGCUAGGAGACGCAGAGAGGACUGUUGUCAAUCAGGUGGUAAGCACGCUGCGUGAGUACCCGUGCCUGGCAGCAUGCGGCGCGCUGCACGCGCUGGUGGCGGCGGCGUGUCGAGCGGCGUGGGCGCUCAGCCUGCACGCGCCCCCGCUGCGCAUCGACACAGACUUUACCCCAGUGGUAAUGAAUCCAGAGAAGCACGUGAGGUACUCCCUGGCCGACGCGCGCGAGCGACGCUCCGACCUGAUCAAAUCGUUCGUGUGGCCGGCGCUCAUGGACGGGAAUCGAUGCGUGUUCCGAGCUGUGGUGCUCACUUGAUGUAACACCAUAGGGCCUUAUCAUACUAGCGUCUUGCGAGCGCGGCUGCGCAGCGAACACGUCGAGGAGGUGUGACAGAUUUGCAAUGUUUCCAUCGCGAUUUUGUAGCGAAUUAACGAAGGUUAGCUUGAUAUGGACAUGUAAAGCGUAGGGAGGAAAGUCAUAUUACUAGGAAAAUGUUGAAUGUGCAAGUGGAAGGACAUGAGAGGAGAGAAAGGCCAAAGAAGAGAUGGUUGGAUUGUAUGAAAGAGGACAUGUGUGUAAAAGGAGUGGAUGAUGAGUUGACGAGUAACAGAGAAUGGAAAAGAUUGACAUAUUUUUCCGACCCCACUUAAGUGGGAUAAGGGUAAAGAGAUGAUGAUGAUGAUGAUGAUAACACCGUACAGUACAUUCAGUAACAAAAUGGAUUCUGACGAGGAAACACUGCUUGGUUUUGUUACUUUGGAGACUAAAACGAAAGAAUUGAUGAAUUUCGGAAAACCCAUUAACAAUUAUCGGAAGAGAGUGACUAUUUUGUGUUGCUUUGAAGACGAAUAAAAAAUAAUCCAAAACAAUUUCGUCGACAAAUGAGCCAAAAAAGUCGUACAAAUACGAUUUAAAACGUACGGUUGGCAACACUAGUACGAGACAGUACAAAAUUGCGACGAACGAAUUCGUUGCGCGCCUAUUAUACGUUGCGAACCCGCCCCGCUUUGAGAACGUUUGCAAUCCGCUAGUAUGAUAGCUCUGUUACUGCUACAGACUCGAUCAUUGUUGUUCUUUACUAUCGAGGGACCACAUAAACUCCUCCCGUGGUACAGGGUUAAGGAUGACACAGAUACUGAGACGCUUUAUUCACUCAUUGAUAGAUAGAGUUACUGCCUGUCAAUCAUUUCGUUCUUUUCAUUUCUCCUACCAUAUUCUCUCUGGGUCUGUUUUCUCAAUAAAUCGGCGCCAUCAAAUGUGUAUUUGGAUAUUGGUAAGACAAUCCCAAUUAUUUUAAGACCUUUCGAACUGUCAAAAGCUUUCGAAGCUGGUUAUGUAGAAUAUACUUGCUUAGGUUUGAUAAUUUCCAAUUUCUAUUCUUUUGUACAUAGACCUUUAGGUUAAGCCUUGAACUUGAAAAAUAAUAGUAAUUUUUACACGAUUCAGAAUAUUUUAGGGAACUAGAAUUUUAGCAAGAAUUUAAAAUGAAGAAAUUUAUUGAGUUUGAUAAGUAUUUAUUAUGAAGUCACUUUUAUUGUAUGUCGAAAUAAAUAUGUUAAUAGUUAAGUUUUAUAAAAUUUAUUACAGUAAUUUAUUUCUUUAGUUAUUUGUAACUACAUAUAUAUAUCAUAAGUAAAAUUGCAAAUAUAGAUUUGGUAAUUUA